AUACUUCCGUGUGAGCACAUUCACAAAUAAAAGAGUCUCUGUACUCCUAAUUAAUCAAAUAUAUUGAUGUACUAGCUUCACCUGUAUGUGGUAUUGUCUUAAUAUUUCAUAAAUGCUAAUCUAAAAGAGUGGUCAAUUAGCUAAGCUCGUGAUAAACACCAACAAACAGAAUGUCAAAUUUCAUCGCGUUGCAGACCCAGUUGGCCUCUGUCAUGGAGACCCUUGUUCACGCGGCGGUGGCCGAACUAGGUAAACUUGUAGAGGACAGUUCUGUUUUCGUGUUCAGCCUGGAACUGACCCAGGGGCUUAGCGAGGAUGAAGAAUUAUCGGCAAAAGUGCAGACGGAGAGUCAGAAUAAGAUGACAGACUUUGCCACAAUCAUGGAGGUACUGGGCAAUGAGGCAUUGGGUAAAAUAAUGAAAAUUGUGGAUGAUACAAAGUUUUUGAUGGACUUUGAAUCCAAGUCCUUCAAAGGCCAUAGAGGGAAAAAAGCCAAACCACAAGCGAGCAUCUUGAAUAUUCUGUCAGUUGGAGGAAUGGCGGAGGAACAUUCUUAUGGCGGAAGUGGUAAAUCUGUGGCGCAAACUAUUUCAAUGGAGUCUGCAGAUGUGGAGGAAUUGGACACACCAGAAUCUCCCCUUGUCUUGGCUGUUUCUGUCAAAGACGAGCAUGGGCAAAUAGACCUGGGGGCCAUUGCAGAGAGAGCUGCCGAUGAUGCUUUUGCAGGGAACUCUUCUUCAGAGCACCAGUAUGGUAUGAUUAGCGAUGGCCCCCUGGUGAACCCCACAGACAUCCUAUUGGAGACUUUGUUUGCCCAAAAGAAGCUCUUCAUUUGCACAGAGUGUGGGAAAAGUUUCUCCACGCAGAGUAACCUCAAAUCCCACCAGCGACUUCACACUGGCGAGAAACCAUUUGUGUGCAUGUUCUGCAACAAAGCAUUUGCCCACAAACAGAGUUGUAAUGAUCACAUCCGCACCCACACUGGUGAGAAGCCCUUCAUAUGUGGCGUGUGUGGGAAAUGCUUCGGCAAGCAGGCGCACCUCAAGACCCAUUCGAUAAUCCACACGGGUGAAAAGCCUUACAGCUGCACUGUGUGUGGCAAGAGCUUCAACCUGGCUCAGAAUCUGUCUAGACACCAGCAAAUUCACACGGGAGAGAAAAUCUUCACCUGUUUACUGUGCGGGAAAGGCUUCACACGCGCUGUAACACUGAAGACCCAUCAACUCAUUCACACUGGACAAAAGCCCUUCAAGUGUAUUCAGUGUGAGAAGAGUUUCCGCCACGCUGUCAAUCUGAAGAACCACCAGCGUAUUCAUACAGGCGUCAGGCCAUUUAGUUGUGACUUGUGUGGCAAGACAUUCCGUCAAUCGGUUAAUCUUAAAAUACACAAGCGCAUCCACACUGGAGAGAGGCCAUAUAUCUGCACAGAAUGCGGCAAGACCUUCAGUCAGCAGAGUAGUCUCAUGUCUCACGGACGCACCCACUCUAACGAGAGACCUUUCCAGUGUAGCUUCUGCGAGAAAAGAUUCAACAACGCCAACAGUCUGAAGUUGCACCAGAGAAUCCAUACAGGAGAGAAGCCGUACAGCUGUGAAAUCUGUGGGAAGACCUUCAGUCAGGGCAGUCAUCUUCGAACACACAAGAGGCAUGUCCACGCAGGAGGGAAACAGUACAUCUGUGAUAAAUGUGGGAAGAGGUAUUCAGACAAACGGAAUCUUAAGAUGCACAAAUGUGUUUAUGCCUCAACCUAACAUAGUGAUGGGCAAACGGUUUCAAUCUUUGAGAGGCUUUUGUUGUCGAUUGCGUUGCUGUUAAAGAGAGUCUUGGAAGACUGGCACGUUAAUCUCUAGGGGAACCCCCUUCAACUUGAUUUUAGCCUUGGCAAAAAUGUUUUGUUUGUUUUUUAUGAAAUAGGAUUUGCUGUCAGGAGCUAGGUGUUUUUGUUCCCAUUUAAGCAAUUAUGAAAAGUAAACUAGUAAAACGCAGAAACCAAAUAUGCCUAUGUUGAAUAAUGUAAUGUUAGUGUAUACUGUACAUAAUCAUGCAACUUUUAUAAGAUCAGUUAUUUAGCUUAAAUAAGCAUAUAGCUAACAUUUUGCAGCCAGAGAUUCAUUGAUAUUAUUUGGAAAAAGCCUGUAAAACUGAAUCUGGAGGUUGGGCUAUGAAAAAGCUGUAGGUUUUGUAUUAUAACAGAACCGCUCAGCUGACUAGCCUGUACUUCCACAACAUCAGUCAGAUUGAAUUUGUUUACCACAUGUACUUGUUUCUUAAAGACCCAGUGCAGGCUAAAUAAAAUGUUCCUGUGUUUAUAUCAUAUUGUACAAUAGCUGAUGAAAAAAAAUAAAAAUAAAUUGUGUUAUUUCCUGAUA